AUAAUAAUCAUGAUCAAUAAUAGUUAUUAUUGAUCAUCAUUGUUGUUGACAUCGGUGGAUUGUAGCUUUUUUCUUCUGCUCGCAAUGAAAUGAACACUCUGCAGCUUCCUGUUUGUUAGAGCAGCAUGGACGAGUCACAGUGUCCGGUAGGCGGAUACGAUGAGCGUGCGGCGGUGACGAGCCAACCGAGCGACAGUGUCCAACGAGGCCCGCCCCCGGCCUCAGGAACCACGGAGCACCUGGCAGUGAGCGGGGUGACCGGCAACAGUGUGGGUCCCGCACCGCCCUCUGCCCUGACGGCCGACGCCCCGCCCAGCCCGGCCAAAGGGGGUCACGCCAAUGGUCGUCCUCGUUCGAGCAGCCUAUCGGGUUCUCCGAGGCCGUCACUUAACUCCCCGCGGCCGUCGCUUGGCCGCCGGCCCAGCGCCAUGACGGAGGGUCCGGAGGGUGCGGCCGAACAGUCCAAACCUCCAGACUUCCUGAUGCUGGCCAUCCUGUCUUGCUUCUGCCCGCUGUGGCCCAUCAACAUCGUGGCCCUCACCUUCUCUGUCAUGUCUCGUAACAGCUUGCAGCAGGGGAACGUGGAUGGCGCCCGCCGUUUGGGCCGCAACGCCAUGAUGCUUUCCGUGGUCUCCAUCUUGGGAGGCAUCGCCAUCAUCGCGGCUGCCAUCGCACUCAACCGCGAACUGAUUUUGAAAUCUGGAUAAUGCAGCAGCGCCCCGUCCCGCCUCAAGGACGCCCUGCGCCCACUUCCUGCACGUUGAGAGCAUGUGCCUGAUGUUCUACCUCCGCUGCGGGAACCCGUUGCCACAGAGACCAACAGCACUCAUAGACGUUAGCCUCGUGAGCAGCGAGAAACGUCUUCUGCAUGAGCAACAAAAGCAUUUUUAGCAUUUGGAUGUUUACAAACUUCGUCACCAUGCCGGACGACCUAAGGUCACGCUGCAUGUUUCCAAACUUUGACCGUGGAUUGCUUUUUGCCACACGGCCUCCUUUCAAUAGUACUUUGUCAAUUAGCAAUUGCAUGCUGGUUGGUUUACUAAUGACUAUACGCUAAUAGCACCCCGAGCUAACCUCAGCUAACCAGAGCUAACUUUGAUGUUGCGUACGCAUGAAAUUCAUAUCGUAAUAAUCUCGACCACCAAAUGAGUUCAUCUGCCGCAUGAUUGU